AAAGGAGGAAACAUGGCGGAAAACAAAGGAGGCGGCGGCGGCGGGGAGGGGGCUGCCGAGGCCGGGCCGGGCGGCGGCGGCGGCCUGGAGCCCACGGCCGCGUCCCCCUCGGGUGCGGCGCCGCCCGCGCCCUCCGCAGCGCCUCUCGAGGAGCGGGAGAGCCCGGGCGCGGCGGCGGCGGCGGCGGCGGAGCGUGGUCUCGGGGAGGCCGAGGCCGAGGCGGGGCCCGGGGUGGUUCCGGGGCCGGGCCCCAGCCCGGUUCCCCCGCUGACGCCGGCGGCGCCGGGCCCUUUCUCGCUGCUGGACACCUGCGCCGUGUGCGCGCAGAGCCUGCAGAGCCGGCGCGAGGCUGAGCCCAAACUGCUGCCCUGCCUGCACUCCUUCUGCCGCCGCUGUCUGCCCGAGCCCGAGCGGCAGCUCAGCGUGCCCGUGCCCGGCGGCGCCAACGGCGACGUGCAGCAAGUUGGGGUAAUCAGAUGUCCGAUAUGCCGCCAAGAAUGCAGACAGAUAGAUCUGGUGGAUAACUACUUUGUGAAAGACACAUCAGAAACACCAAGCAGCUCUGAUGAGAAAUCAGAACAGGUGUGCACAAGCUGUGAAGAUAACGCUAGUGCUGUUGGGUUUUGUGUGGAGUGUGGGGAAUGGUUGUGCAAGACUUGCAUAGAAGCUCAUCAGCGAGUAAAAUUCACUAAAGAUCAUAUGAUCAGAAAAAAAGAGGAUGUAUCUUCAGAGGCCGUGGGAGCAUCUGGUCAACGUCCUGUUUUCUGUCCUGUCCACAAACAAGAGCAGUUAAAACUUUUCUGUGAAACAUGUGACAGGCUGACGUGCAGAGACUGUCAGUUACUGGAACACAAAGAACACAGGUACCAGUUUCUAGAAGAAGCUUUCCAGAACCAGAAGGGUGCAAUUGAGAACCUGUUGGCCAAACUUCUUGAGAAGAAGAAUUAUGUCAAUUUUGCAGCUACACAAGUUCAGAACAGGAUAAAAGAAGUAAAUGAAACUAACAAACGAGUAGAACAGGAAAUCAAAGUGGCUAUAUUCACCCUCAUCAAUGAGAUCAAUAAAAAGGGAAAAUCUCUCCUACAGCACCUUGAGAAUGUAACAAAGGAAAGGCAGAUGAAGUUAAUACAGCAACAAAAUGACAUCACUGGUCUUUCGCGACAAGUGAAGCAUGUGAUGAACUUUACUAAUUGGGCUAUUGCAAGUGGCAGCAGUACUGCUUUGCUGUACAGUAAACGGCUGAUAACAUUCCAGUUACGACAUAUUUUGAAGGCACGUUGUGAUCCUGUCCCAGCUGCCAACGGAGCAAUACGGUUUCAUUGUGACCCCACGUUUUGGGCAAAGAACGUCGUCAAUUUAGGUAACCUUGUUAUUGAAAAUAAACCAGCUCCUAGUUACACUCCUAAUGUAGUGGUUGGACAAGCUCCUCCAGGAACAAACCACAUCAACAAAGCUCCAGGACAAAUCAAUCUAGCACAGCUUCGACUUCAGCACAUGCAGCAACAGGUGUAUGCACAAAAGCAUCAGCAAUUGCAGCAGAUGAGGAUGGGACAGCCAUCUGGGUCAGUUCCCAGACAAACAAAUCCUCAAGUCUUACAGCAGCAGCCUCCCAGGUUGAUCAGCAUGCAGACCAUGCAGAGAGGUAACAUGAACUGUGGGGCUUUCCAAGCACAUCAGAUGAGAAUGGCUCAGAAUGCUGCUCGUAUACCAGGAAUACCACGCCACAAUGGACCACAAUACUCCAUGAUGCAACCUCACCUUCAAAGACAACAUUCUAACCCUGGGCAUGCGGGGCCUUUUCCAGUUGUUUCUGUGCACAACAACACUAUUAAUCCAACUAGUCCUACUACAGCAACAAUGGCAAGUGCAAACCGUGGCCCAACAAGUCCGUCUGUUACAGCAAUUGAACUCAUUCCUUCCGUAACAAACCCGGAGAAUUUACCUUCCCUGCCAGAUAUCCCACCCAUCCAGCUUGAAGAUGCUGGUUCAAGUAGUUUGGAUAACCUUUUAAGCAGAUAUAUCACAGGCAGCCAUCUACCCCCACAACCCACAAGUACCAUGAAUCCUUCCCCAGGACCUUCAGCUCUAUCUCCAGGGUCAUCAGGUUUAUCCAACUCCCACACUCCUGUGAGGCCACCCAGUACCUCCAGCACAGGUAGCAGAGGAAGUUGUGGCUCCUCAGGCAGAACUGCUGAGAAAACUAGUGUUAACUUCAAGUCUGACCAGGUGAAAGUCAAGCAAGAGCCGGGGACAGAGGAAGAGAUAUGCAGUUUCUCAGGAGCAGUAAAGCAGGAGAAAACGGAGGAUGGCCGAAGGAGUGCUUGCAUGCUUAGCAGUCCUGAGAGCAGCUUGACACCACCACUGUCCACUAACUUGCAUCUGGAAAGUGAAUUGGAAGCCUUAGGAAGUCUGGAAAAUCAUGUAAAAACUGAGCCAGGAGACUUGAGUGAAAGCUGCAAGCAGUCUGGGCAUGGCCUUCUCAAUGGAAAAUCCCCAAUGCGGAGUCUGAUGCACCGAUCAGCUAGAACAGGAGGAGAAGGCACUAACAAGGAUGAUGAUCCGAAUGAAGACUGGUGUGCUGUAUGCCAAAACGGAGGGGAUCUGUUAUGUUGUGAAAAGUGCCCCAAAGUGUUUCAUCUGACUUGUCAUGUUCCAACACUCCUCAGCUUUCCGAGUGGAGAUUGGAUAUGUACGUUCUGCAGAGAUCUAAGCAAACCAGAGGUAGAAUAUGAUUGCGACAACUUGCAACACAGCAAGAAGGGGAAAACAGCACAAGGCCUGAGUCCUGUGGACCAAAGGAAAUGUGAACGUCUCCUGCUUUACCUGUAUUGUCAUGAGCUGAGCAUUGAAUUUCAAGAGCCAGUCCCAGCCUCGAUACCAAACUACUACAAAAUUAUAAAGAAGCCGAUGGAUUUAUCUACAGUGAAAAAGAAACUGCAAAAGAAGCAUUCUCAGCAUUACCAGACUCCUGAGGACUUUGUGGCUGAUGUCCGGUUGAUCUUCAAGAACUGUGAAAGGUUUAAUGAAAUGAUGAAAGUUGUUCAAGUUUAUGCAGAAACACAAGAGAUUAAUUUGAAGGCUGAUUCAGAAGUAGCACAGGCAGGGAAGGCAGUUGCAUUAUACUUUGAAGAUAAACUUACAGAGAUCUACCCAGACAGGACCUUCCAGCCUUUGCCUGAAUUUGAGCAGGAAGAGGAUGAUGGUGAAAUAACUGAGGACUCCGAUGAAGAUUUUAUACAGCCACGUAGAAAACGCCUAAAAUCAGAUGAGAGACCAGUGCAUAUAAAGUAAUCUAAUUAUAUGGACCUUAAAUUUAUUGUAAAAACUGUUAUUUAAGUGUUCCUGGAAUAUUACCAUGCCUACGGUGGCCGUCUUGAAGAAGCUGAUAGCUUUUUAAACAGUAUUAGAGUACAAAAAACACUUGUACAGAAAGGUAUUCUCAUCAGAAGGGGAAAAACUGUAUUGUAAAUUUUUGAUGGGUAUUUUUUUGUUGAUUUUUUUCCCCUUGAUUAUUUACUAUUUCCUUUCUUUUCCCGAUGGAGGGGACACACUCAUCCUGGUCUCAGAUAGAGGUGGAUGAAUGUUGAAGAGAAGCAGAUUUGAAAAGAGAUGUUCCAUGUACAGAUGAGGCGGCUUAGUAAAAUGUUGUGCAGGACUGGACCAAUACAGUUGCUGUGUAUUACUUUCAUGCUGGACUAUCAUGUAAAUCUGUAAGCAGCUUUCCCCAAAUCCCCUCUUCGUGUGAACUUAAGUGCGUGUUGGGUCAUUGCUUCCAUCAUCUCAUUUAAAUGCUAUUGUGAAUAACUGAUCUUCCGUGUUGAUCCAGGUACCUAAAUUUGACUUUCUUUACUACAUUUUAUGUACAGCAAAAGGAAAAAAAAAAAACAAACCAACAUCAUUAAACUGUUCUGAAUUGGCGACUGUAGGAGUGUGAGUUCUUGACAGGUUGAGACUGAACUGACUGCAGCGAUUGCUUUUCAGUAGGGUUAGGGGUGUUUGUUACAAAUCCUGUACUCAUGGCACAAACCCUCGAGUUACAUCAUCUGUCCCUGGUCCCCCUCAUGAGGCAGAAUGUUAUCUUCAGCAUUUGUUAUCUCAUUUUCUGUACUUGAAGAGGUAAUAACUGGUUGGGGUGUUUUUCCAGUCUUCCUAAAUAUCAGUUUCUAAUAGACUGCUCGGCAAACAAUAAUCUGUUAACUACCAAAUGUGUAAAAUUUCCUGUAUUCACUUUGUCUUACUUGUAAAUAGUAAACUGAGAUUUCUUGCAGAUCAGCAACAUUUGCUGACCUGUUUUUAAGCUAAUAUGUAUUCUUAUGAAUUGUUCCUAUCAAGAAAAGAUUUGUAAUAUAUGCUGUCUAUUUCUAACAUUGCAUUCAUUUUGAGAUUAUAUCUUACUUUUAUUAAGAGUACUACUCAGAACUUUCUUCAGAAGCAGCUUGUGAGUGAAAUGGUCUGGAAAGAUUGGAAUAAACUUGUUGAGACUGGGUUGCUUGCACAGGCCAGGACUUGGCAUUGAAUGGUUUCUGGUCAAAUACUGAAAAGAGGUCAACUUCUCAAUUCCACUUGUGCAGUGCCUGCCCAUUGCACGCCGUGUUCAUUCUAGCAUUUCAGGUUAGAAAUGAGGUCAUCCCAAAGUAAUUACAGUUUGAACAGUCACUUUGCUAACACAGAAAAUCAAUACCAGAACUGAGGAAUGUAAUUUCUGGCCUUAGUAUAGAUCUUGUUAAAAGUUAAAAUGAAGAUAUUCUGUAGUCAGAUGAGGUCAAGGUGACAGACUAUAAAUUCACCAUAAGAUUUUGUGUGAAUACAGCAUUUCUGUGGUAAAUCACUGGGCUUAUCAUAGACUAAGCAUGGGCAGCUCCUGUGACUGUUCAUUGUACGUACUUUAUUAUAGCAAUGGUAAAGAUCAGCAUUUCUAGCACAGCGUAUCAGGUUGAGAUACGUUCUCAGAAAUGCUUAUGCAAAUCAAUUGAGAUUUGAUUUCUUUUUAUCGUGGCCAAGUAGGCGUGCAUUGUGACUGUACCUCCCACCGUAAGCAAGGAGACUGAAGGUAUUUGUAGCUUGGAGCUCACGUCUUUGGAUUCUAUGAACAGUACCACUGAGACAAACUGAUUUUUGUCCAUUUUUUUCAGACGUUCCUAUAGUGUCAGCUUCAAUCUAGUUUUUACCAGUUUGUAUGCAAAAGGAAAAGUUAUCCUCCUCAAAUGUGUAUUAUAUCGACAUACAGCCCAUAGCAGAGGAUGAGAUGUGUGAAUAGGACACCGAUGGUAACAAGGCAUCGUUCAUGGCUAUGUGUAUUGCCUAUUUAUGCGUUUCUAGUUUCUCAUUUUCAUUUUGCAAAAGAAUAUUAUUAAAACUAUAAUGAAAAUAA